GGUUCAUAUAAGGCUAGCCAUGUGACUUCUCGCUGAUGAUCUUUCCCAAGUCACGGUUUUGCUCCCGCUCCCGCAACUGCCUUGCAACAUGAGCCUGCCAACUGCCAGGUUUUUCCACGGCGAACGUACAGCAGUAAGCUGCCAAUAACACAGGUUACAUGAGUCAAACCCACGGUUGUGCUGGGUUUGAAUUUUGCACUAGGUUCUAUGUACUACUAAUAAGUAGCAAGUAAUGAUCAAAGUUUGAACUACAUAGGUAUGCUUGUUAUCCAUCCUUCAAGUUGUUGUGAUAUUUGCCUUGAUCCCUAUUCUGUCCCAGAUCUUGCUACUUCUCCACAUGCAAUCGCGUGUGGCCAUGUCUUUUGUCUCACGUGCCUGUACUCUUUAGCCACCAGUGCAUGUCCCCUCUGCCGCGAACCUUUCGAGCUAGAUCAUGUCAAGAAACUCCACCUCAGAAGUGAACCCGAACGAGAUAAUGCUGAACGGGGUGUUGUCUCCGAUCAUGCCAGUCUCCUUCUUCAUCGCAUGUCUCUAGUCUCAGGCGAAGACACACCAGAAAUCGACGUCGUCGAAGUAGUCUCCGAAGUGCAGGAAUGGCUACAGUCUCAACCGGAUGACCCCAAUUCUGUGAGUCCUUUUCAUCGUGCAGGCGCAUCGCAAACGCGACGGCACUUGUUGCCAACACCUCACCUAAUUAUUCUCAAAUUUCUCACAUGCGGCAUUUUUAGCAUAUACCACUUCGAGCUGCGGUAGAUUCCCUCCAGCGAUACAAAGCUCUUCAACAUGAGAGCGAGCGUGA